AAAAUGGAGCUCAGUUAAGCACUCCUAACUCUAAAUGUUUCCUCGUAUCACGAAAAUCUUGCAAAUGUUGCUUACAUGUAAUUUUUGAAAACUACUUUUUAUUUAUUGUGUAAUUGACAGCUCAAGGAUCUACCAUUAAAAGCAUAACACGUUUUCUCAAGACACCUUUGUUUACUUGAAGCUUCAGGGACUUAUGUUGAUAAAAAGAUUAAAAACAAUUUAAAAUAUAAAGAAAUACCGUAACAGAACACUGAUCGUUAAGCCUAGCUAAGAGCAAAUAAGUCUGGAUUUAUGAGCUGUACAUUACUUAGUUCUGUAAGUCAAUAACUUCAGUUCAAUGUCUACUUUAUCGCAUUCUUUAAAUCGCAUUUUUACCUGACCAAAUAAAAUAUAUAUUUAUUUUGCUUUUAAUUUGAAAAUGACCGCCGUUUCCGGUGAAGACUGACUCCGCCCCCUGCACCUGUUGCCUAAAAAGGCUUUAAGCGUGAGGAGCGCGACCACAGUUAGAACAGCGCUCAUUAAUACCUCAGCUUGUUUUUACAUUUUCAUAACGUAGCGGGAGUUUCUUUAUUUGUUUGUUUGUGCGGUCCUGAAAGAAAAAUGGAAAAAAGUCACCGGACAACCGUACUGGUGACGUCAUGUCUGAAGACGCCGGUGGACCCUGAGACAAAAGUGCCGUUGGCUGCGUAUGAACGCGAGCCCUCCGUCCACAUUGACAACCGGAACUACGAGAAAGAGCUGGAGUACGAAGACUCGGGCUCUGACUCCUGUGAUCAGGAGCGUGGGGUCAGAGACCGACUUGACCUGCGCAGCAUAUUCUUCUCCAAUGAGGAGUACUAUGCCAAGCUGGAGGAGCUGAAGAAGGCCCACCUCCACACCAUGGCAGAGCUGGAGAACAUGUACCAUCGCAAGCUGCAGCAUCAUUUCCUGGAUCCAUGUCACAUAACCACGCAGGAGGCAGAGCAAAGGUCACCCUGUUUGAGCAGCUGCUCGGCGACACUCCAGCCUUUACGAAAGUCGCACUCUGCUGGGGAACUCAGGAAGUGUUCAGGUCAUUUGGACUCUUUCAUCAAGAAUGAAUCUGCUAAUAAUGACCUGGACAAGGACCUACUCUUGUCCCCAAAGUCACUCCUUAAGAAUAUGUGGUGUGACUUUAAGGUGUCGCCCAACACCCUCCACCUGUCAUCCUCCUCACUCCAGAGUCUCCCAGGAGAGCAGAAGAAGACAGUCAGUAGAAAAAAUGAGAGGACCAGGAAGAAUCAGGACCAGGAGAAUUGGAAACACAAAAUGACCAUACCGAAACCUUUUCACAUGACCCUACGUGAGGCCCAAAGACAAAAGCAUGGCAUCAGGACACGGACUGAGGUCGAGUUAGAGAAUGCAGAGCUACGGCGUCAGCUGGAAGAACUCAAAGAGUGCCAGAAAAAGUUCCGUGCCAGUCCUGUGCCUGCACACGUUUACCUUCCUCUUUAUGAAGAACUUAAAGACCAAAAAAGAAACAUUAAAGAAAAGGAACAUCCCAACCAAACUGUUCCAAAACCUUUUAGUUUUUUGGAGAGGGAGCGACUGAAGAAGGAGGAGAGAGAGUGCCGUCAGUCACAACAACCGUCCGACCAGGACAACGUCAAACCCUUCAAGGCCAGGCCUGUGCCUAAGUCUGUGUACGUCGCAGCAUCAGGGCAGCAGAUGGAGGAGGAGCAGUUGUAUCGCUCCAUAAAGAAACAGAUGAGAGCUCAGGAGCUGCUGCACAGUGCCUCAGUGCCAACCAGCAUGCUAGAACGCCGUCUCAGUGAUCGUAAAAAAAACAAGGUCGAUGGUGAAAGCAGCUUCACCCACCAACCUCAGAUCAACAAGGACGUGCCGGACUUCGAUGCUAGCUACAGACGCUUCCAAAAACACCUAGAGAAACUCAAAGAGGUGAAGCCAACGACUAUGUGUGAACCCUUCGACCUCAGGACCUCCCAGAUACCCUCACACCGUGAUCGCAUCCUGGCUGACAUCGAGAAGGACCAGCAGCAGAGCAGCCCCAGGAUGCAGCGUUGGCUUCACCUCAGCACUGGACUAAAUCACACACCAACUUCAAGUCUCUGCUCUUCCCUCUCCAGCAGCCUGGAGAUGAUUCCUGCCAAAGAUACAGAUGCUACCAAAAAGCGUCAUGAGGCUGUGAGAAAGGUGUUGGAGCAGAGGAAAAAGGCCGAGGAAGAGGAGGAGCGGUGGAGGGAGAAGCAAAAGCAGCGGGAGAAGAAGCUGAAGAGGGUGGUGUUGAAGAAGGCCCAAGCCAACGACCCCCACCAGGCACUUUCACAGACCCAGCAGGCCAAACUGACAGAUUUCAGAAAACAGGAAUGUCAGCGUCGGAGAGAGUACCAGCAGGAGAUCAAGGAAAUCCAGCAGAGAGUCAAACUCAGACCCCUGCUACUGGAGCAGGUGGCACAGGUCAACGCCAGACAAUCAGCAGAGAAACGCUAUAAACAUGCCCUGCGUGGCUGUGACCUGAGUCCAGAGCUGGUCGUCAGCAAGUCAACGGUCGAGUCUGAAUCUGCAUGCAGAGACUUACAGUCCGUCGGUGGCAAACCCAGUGACAGUGACAUCACAGGCAAGAUGGGAUACCUUCCUGUUCAGUACAGAAAAGUCUUUCUAAACGACGAUGACUUAGACGAUCCACCUGAGAAAGACACAGAAAGUGAAGACAACGAGGAAGAGGAAAAAUAUGGCAAAGACCCUGAGGACGGCCACCGAAACUCAGACGAUAGCUGCCACUACUCAGACGACCACGAGAGUUACUCGGAUGAGAGUGAGUGCAAUGACAUCACUAGACCGCAGGAGGGAAAAAGCAAACGUCUUCUGGUGAAGUCUCGCGAGAUUACCGGAGACGGCCGAACGGCCAAAGGAGACGACAGCGGAAAGUGCCGAAGCUUCCACGCUGCCGUGUGUGUGUUUCUCCCUCCCCUCCUUUUUCAACAUGGCCGCCGUGUCUGCUACUCUCCGGUGACGCUCAGCUUGCAGACUGAACUCGCUUUUCUCCGUUACCGCUGUCUUUAAACUGACGCCGCACAGUCUUCUCGUCUAGAGGGGA